GCUACCCAGACGAGAACCAUGAAGCUGUGUCUGUUUCUGGCUGCGCUGGUAGCUCUGUCGGCCGCCGCCGAAGACAAGGAGGCUGACCAAGAGACCCAAGCCACCGGGUCCUAUUCUGCUUUUGGAGGAUACGGCAGGAACAGCUUCCGCAGAGGCCGCAGCUUCGGCGGCUAUGACAACCGGGCCCUCGGCUACAACGGCAACUACGGCCAGAACUACAACAGCCGCUCCGGACGCGGUUACGGGCGCAGCCUGGACGGCUACGGAAACUACGGACUGGGAUAUAACGGAUAUGGUGGCUACUACGGCAAUAGCGGCCUCGGCGGCUAUGGUGGAUACGGCCGUUCGUCAGCAGCCUACGGAGGGUACGGACGUCGCCUCGGAGCUUACAAUGGCUACAAUGGGCGCCUCGGGGCCUACGGCGGCUACGGCAGCCGUUCUUCUCCCUACAGCCGAUACGGCGGACGCAAUGGAGCGUAUGACGGGUAUUAUUGAAGAAUCUGCCCACGGC